GCAUUCCAGCCGAUCGACCAUGCGUUUUCUUUUUUCUGGUGUUUAGAAUCAUUUUCAUUGGAAUUCGGUUUAUAAUUUUUUAGAUAGAGCUCGGCAAGGGUGCUUCUUGUCAAUUUUCUGCACAGAUCUUUGGCUACUGGUUUGAGACUCCUUUGCGCUAUGGUCAACAUCUAGUUGUGGUGCACAAGUUGGGAAUUUUGUUUCUUGUGUCCCGCGUGCAUUGCAUCCUAUUCGCAGGUGCACAAAAGUCCCCCGAAAAAGUGGAAUUUGGAAGGGAAGAUACAGAAAAAAGAGACAGAAACCGAUGAAUCGGAUUUCAAAAAAGUUUAUUUGAUCUCUUUCACUUAUUAUAGUUGCCGUCAUGGUGGAACCGAAAGUCUUUCUUUUUGCCAUUGCAGAUGAAAGCUGCAGUGUUUCCUGCGUCAACUUCAACUACGAGAUGCUCCAGGGAACGUCUUUCGGGUUCUUUGCGGUUCCUUUUACAGCGGUUGGUGCCUGUCUUUGGUCGAUUCUGAAAUGGUGCGGAUUGAUUAAGAAUGUAAAGAUGGUGAAGGAUCGCAUUUGUGGAGCAUCUUUUAUCAUGCGGUGGCUAAGUACGACAUCUGAAAGUUCAAAUCUUAUAGUAUCAGCAGGUCAAUAUCAUGCAACUCUUGGAGAGGACAGGGUUUUCGAUCCAUCUACAACUUCCAUGGAUACUCAGUUUCAUUAUAAUGAUGAAGAGUUAGACCGUGCAACUGCACUAUCCAUUGCGGAACAGGAGCAAAGGAAAUGGAACGCAACUGGUCCCAACCUAAAGGAAGACGAGGAACUUGCAAGAGCUCUUCAAGCAAGUAUGAACUUGGAUUCCCUUUGGGCAAAUGAUAAUACUCAUCAGCCUCCUCCAUUUCCCUUUCUGACUGGAUUAAGGUUAUGUGCUGGUUGCAACAAUGAAAUUGGUCAUCACCGCUUCCUGAAUUGCAUGGGUGCACUUUGGCAUCCAGAAUGUUUUCGCUGUUAUUAUUGCAAUCAGCCUAUAUAUGAAAUGGAGUUUUCUAUGUCUGGGAACUACCCAUACCACAAGUCCUGCUAUCAAGAGUGUCAUCAUCCCAAAUGUGAUGUCUGCAAGCAAUUUAUUCCAGUAAACGGAGUUGGUAUGGUCGAGUUUAGAGCGCAUCCUUUCUGGGGACAGAAAUAUUGUCCAUCGCAUGAGUUUGACAAUACCCCAAGGUGCUGUAGUUGUGAACACAUGGAGCCUCGCAAUGUACAGUACGUUUCCUUGGGUGAUGGACGGAAGCUCUGUUUGGAAUGUUUGCACUUUUCAAUCAUGGAUACAAGUGAGUGCCAACCAUUAUUCCUUGAUAUAAGAGAGUUUUAUGAAGGCUUAAACAUGAAAGUGGGGCAGCAAAUUCCAUUGUUAUUAGUUGAGAGGCAGGCAUUGAAUGAGGCCAUGGAAGGAGAAAAACAAGGACACCAUCUGCCUGAAACCAGAGGGCUUUGUCUUUCUGAGGAGCAGACAGUUAGCACUAUCCGGAGAGGACCUAAAAUUGGAAGAGGAAAUUCCAUUAUUAAUAUGAUCACUGAACCAUAUAGAUUGUCUCGCCAUUGUGAAGUAACUGCAAUCCUUAUCUUGUACGGACUUCCAAGAUUGUUGACAGGCUCAAUCUUGGCCCAUGAAAUGAUGCAUGCUUGGCUACGGCUUAAUGGAUACCGAUCUCUGAGACAAGACGUGGAAGAGGGGAUCUGCCAAGUUCUAGCACACAUGUGGUUAGAGUCGGAGAUCAUGUCAGGCUCUGGAAAUAGUUCUGGAUCAACUUCAUCGGCAUCAUCAUCUUCUGCAACAUCAAAGAAGGGCACUAGGACCCCUUUUGAAAGGAAACUUGGGGAAUUCUUCAUUCACCAGAUCGAGUCAGAUCCUUCGCCAACAUAUGGAGGGGGUUUCAGAGCUGGAAAUCGAGCUGUUCUUCAGUAUGGUCUCAAAAGGACAUUGGACCACAUUCGGUUGACGGGCAUGUUCCCAUGAUAUAAGUUUUCAACAUACAGCUUUACUGUGAAGCAUCAUUAUAAGAAAGACAUUGUCAAAAUCUGAUCAUUACUGUCAGAAGAUCAUCGGAUUCAAGUACUUUGUGUCUGUGUAUAUUGACAAACUGAGAUAUGCAUAUGCUAGAACCUAGAACCCCAUAUACUUGGUGGAGAGAGUACAGUGUCAGACGUAUUAAAAAGUAUGCAGGAUACGAAAGGUUCUUUUAUUAUUCUGCCUCUCUCUCGCGCGCGCUGGUACACACAUACCCUUUUAUUUAUUUGUAGGAAACUUGGUUUUGUUCAGAAGUCAGUCGGUUGUAUUUGUCGUAUAAAGGGGAAGGAAAGUGGGUAUACUGCCUAAGAUGAUCAGCUCCUCGGCAAUAUGGUAGAAAUUCAAACUGGGGAAUCUGUUCUGUAUUUUCCUUGCAACACGCAGUUUAUUAUUUAAGGGAUUCCUUUCUGUUA